GUACCAGAACAGACGCAGUUAGAUACCUACGUGAGACCAGUUGGUUUCUAUGCUCGGCAGCCUCGACAGUUGUCGUUCGGUAACUCUUGCAGAGCAUUCGCUUUUCCGAGAGCUACUACUGCGAAGCCUGUGACAGGAUCCGUUGCUGAAAAAAUCACAGAAAACUUUCAAAAGCGACUACCUAGCUUCUGCAUUGACUCGGACCAUCUUCAAGAUGGCAAAUUUAAAGGAGGCUUUAGGUACAAACGAGCUGACCAAUAAAAAAGCUGGCCUUUACCGAGCACUGAUCGCAGAAUUUCUUGGUACGUUGCUGUUGAACUUCUUUGGCUGUGGAUCUGUCGUCACGGGCAACGUCGUGGCCAUAAGCUUGGCUUUUGGUUUGACUGUAGCCGCAGCGAUUCAAGGAAUAGGACAUAUUUCUGGUGGUCAUGUUAAUCCCGCUGUCACGUUCGGAUUAAUGGUGAUUGGCAAGGUGCCAGUUAUCAGAGGCUUGCUGUACGUAAUACUUCAAUGUAUAGGCGCAGUAGCAGGAUCUGGUAUACUAAAAGCGUUAUCUCCCGAGAGGAUGGAACAUGUUUUAGGCGUAGUAUCUCUUUCACCAGGCGUUACUCCUGUCCAAGGUUUCGGUAUAGAAUUUUUCCUUGCCUUCGCAUUGGUUCUGGUCGUAUGUGGUGCAUGCGAUGCAGCAAAACCAGACAGCAAGGGGAUUGCUCCUCUUAUAAUCGGAUUUACAGUUUCUGUCUGUCAUAUCGUCGGUAUACCAAGAACUGGCGCAGGUAUGAAUCCAGCUCGAUCACUCGGUAGCGCCAUUGUAAUGGAUAUAUAUGAGGAUCACUGGCUGUAUUGGGUUGGCCCAAUCCUUGGUGGUAUGGCAGCUGGAUUGAUCUAUACGUUCGUAAUCGGUCCUGCGAAAGAGUCGAAAAAUUCCAACCGAGUGUACACGGUUGCCGCGACGGACGAGAAGGAGAAGUUCGAGUACAUAGACAGCGGACACGGUGGACUUUAAAAAUGAUGCCGACAUAAAGAAAGAUUCGAAGACGGAAAUAUCAUAUUUUUAUAUCGUAUGUUAUAAUUAUGAUAAUCGGUGAAAUCGGAAAUAUUCGAAGUGUUAUUUUUACAGCUACAGAAUCUUACCAGCAAGAGGAAAGAUAACCCCGCUUGAUGCUCUAACUAUCGCUAACCAUCGCAUUCUCAAUUGCCGAAUCGUUAUCUAUGUAAUGAUUUAAGUGGGUGAAAUAUGUGAAUUUUAUGCUAUUACAGUUAUUUAAUCAACGUGUAAUCAACCGAAAAUAUUUAAACAGUUAGAGAACAUAAUACUCAUGAAUGUUGGUCAUAUGGAAAGAGCAAAGUAAUUUGUUUUCAAUUUAUGCAAUUCAUCUUAAUAAUCAUACGUGUGAUGAUCUUAGUUUAUCGAAUAUACAAUUAUGCAUUUGUUCGUUUAUAUUUAAAUACAUACAUGUACUUUACCUGUAAAUUAAGUCGCUCUUUUGUAUCACACUUAUUUUACCGAACGGAGUUGUUGCAAGCCAAAGAUUGAUUCUGCCGAACUGAAAUGUUAUAGUGUCGACAUCUUCUGCCAGUUAGAUGCAACCUAUUUAUUGGAAAUCGUUUAUAAAACACUCAUAAACUGUCGA